AUGAACUCCUCCGCUUACAUUAAAAAUGCUUUGAAUGAUUUGACAAAGGAAUUAUCCAUCAUUAUUAAACAUUUAUCAACAACCAAUUUAUCUCCCGAAGGAGAUAGCCUCAUUCAUGCAAUCGCUUUAUGGACAAGACAAGUUUCGUUUAUUAAAGAAUUUAACUAUGAUGAUACGUUAUUUGGCUAUUUAGAUUAUUUAAUAGCAGACGCCCAAGUGUUAAUAAUAGAAAAUGAAAAAUUGAUAGAAAUUUUAAGUCAAUUUAGAUUUCUUUAUAACAGAGAUUAUGCAAUACACUUUAAGUGA